CCCUCUCUCUCUCUCUCUCUCUCCGCCGUUAUAAUCCCUCCCCCUCUAAACGAAACUUGGUACUAAUCCAUGUAUAAUAGCAGUGGGUGGAAAAGGUGAAGGCGCUCACUUUCGUCUCUGAAAAGUGGCGCCCUCUUAUCUGGGGUUUAAUCUCUCUUAAAUUCCUUGAACUUUGAACAUGACCUUCUCUACCGGCAUUUUUGUACACGGAUUGGCAAUCAAACUCCAGUACCGAGUCCUUGUAAUCUCCUGGGUAAAAUGCAACACUGCUGCAAGAUGCUGUGCACAAGUGAGAGACUACAGCAGUGCUAUGCCCGUGAAAUACAUUCCUAGAAAUUCUUUAAAGAGCGAAGAAGAUGGAACCGCUUCCCUCCCUGUGAAGUAUGUGGAAAAAAGGCAUAAUGGACUGGAGUUGAAUUUAGCCAGGGUCGGUUUUUCCAUGAAUUCAAGUGAGGGGUUUUUGGAUGUUAACUCCAAGAAUCGUGCUGCAUGCCAUGAUUCUGAUAUGUAUGGGCUAAAUUUAGAGAUGGAAGAAAAACACGAGGGAGAUAUCAUGGCCUUGGAUGAUGGAAUUAUAGAAGAGACUGAGGAAAUUGUUGAAGAUAGUUUUAGAUCACUUAGCGGAGUUCAAUCAGGUCCUAGUCGGCAAGCUGUGGAGAAGCUGGCGAUUGAGUUACUUGCUUCGAGAGCAUUUACUGCUGUGGAGCUGAAGAAGAAACUACAAGCUAAGAGGUUUCCACUUGACAUUAUUGAGUCCGUAAUAUCAGACUUCCAGAGCAGGGGUCUUAUUAAUGAUGGCUUAUAUGCGGAAACAUAUUCUCGGUCCAGAUGGUCUUCCUCUAGCUGGGGCCCACGACGUAUCAGACAAGGUUUAUCCAAGAAGGGGAUAAGCGAAGUGGAUGCUCAGAAAGCCGUAAAACUAGUUUUCGAGAACAAAGAAGGUGGUGGAGAUGACGAUUCGAGAAUUGGCAUGUCAAGACCAGCUAUUGACCAGCUUUAUGCUCAAGCCUCAAAGCAAUGGCAGAGAAGCCGUGGGGCCCCUCAAGAUACACGCAAAUCGAGAAUUAUUCGUUGGCUUCAAUAUCGUGGAUUCAAUUGGAGUGUUGUUAGUUAUGUCCUAAAGAAGUUGGAAUCUGAAGCCCCUUGCUAGAGCACCCAAUUACAAGUCAUUGUAGCUUGUCCAUGGUUGCAAUGCCUAGUAUAUGAAAACAUUCUUUGCCAUUUUUUUUUAAAAAAAAAUUAGUUAUAUGUUGCUUGGAUGAUGAGUAUUGGGCUGGCAAUGCAGACUAUGCAGAUGCAGUAACUCGUCUGUUUUUCACUCAUGCUGUUUAUUUCAUAUCUUUUUCUUUAAUCACUCUUUCAUGGUGUAGAUGUGAUAUUUCAGGUUGAAUGAGUGACCACUUAACCUACAACUAAUGCCAAUUUUGUUUUCGUUAAAUGCCAGGUGGAGAUUAGGUUGUGAUUGGAUAUUAAUUUCAGAGCCAUAUAUUUUUAAUUGUGAUAAUGAUGCAACAGUAAAUUUUUUGGUAUGUUUGUACACAUUAUUGU